AGCUCUAAGAGAGGCAGGUAUCUGUAGGACACUUAGGACACUUAGAUCCAGCACUUUAGACAAUAAGAAAAGCUUCUAGAAGAAGAAGAAUCAGUACUAGAACAUACAGGAAGAAGAAGAACCUGUUCUGAAGAUGUGGGUCCGGUUGGUGUUGUGUCUGUGCUGGGUGGUGCUGGGCUCUCAGGGGCAGGACAGAGCCUCCCUCCGUAAGUCUAAUGACCGCAACGGCCGCUGCCAGUACUCCUUCACCGUGGAGAGUCCGGACGAGUCCAGCUGUCCGAGUCCGAGUCCAGCCGGGGGUCCGGAGUUCGAGAACCUGAGGGCCCGUCUCACGCUGCUGGAGACCGUGGUCAGCCGGGUCCUGGGGGCCGAAGCUCUCACUGACGUGGCCAAAGAGGCCGAAGAAGCCCAGGAGACCAAGCAGCUGAUCCAGGACAAGGAGCAGCUGGACAGGCAGGUGCAGGAGCUGCGCAGACGGGUGGAGGAACUGACCAUGGAGACGGAGAAGCUGAGGGACAGACCCUGCCCUCUGGUGCAGGGGGUCCCGAUCGAUGGCUUUGGGGUCAUUGGGGGCAGCAGUGGACCCGUCAUUGGCCGCUCAUUCCAGGAGCUGAAGGCUGAACUGUCUGAACUUCCAGCACCUGCCAGAGUUCUGGAGAACAACCACAACAACACAGGCUGUGGCGAGCUCACUUCUAUAGGAGAACCUGAGACCGUUCAGAAGGCAGAUGGCAUCACUGGAAAAUAUGGGCUGUGGUUUCAGGAUCCGGAAGCCACUGGGCAGCCGUACGGCCCGGACACAGUGUGGCGCAUCAACGCUGUGGACGUGGACGUCAAGCAGCUCUACGCCUACGAGAACCUGGAGCAGCUGGGCCGAGGGUUCCCCAUGAAGGUUCUAGUUCUGCCGGAGUCGGUGGAGAGCACGGGGGCGACGGUGUACCGCGGCUCACUUUAUUACCAGCGCAAACGGAGCCCCACCCUGCUGCGCUUUGACCUCAACUCUGAGAAGAUCAUGGCUCGCCGGGACUUACCGCAUGCCGGCUUCCACGGCAAGCAUCCCUACUCCUGGGGGGGAUACACCGAUAUUGACCUGGCUGCGGAUGAGCAGGGCUUGUGGGCUAUAUACAGCACCGACAAGGCCAGGGGAGCCAUCGUUCUGGCCAAGCUGAACCCCGAGAGCCUGGAGGUGAUCAGGAGCUGGGAGACCAACGUACGGAAGAACAAGGUGGCCAACGCCUUCAUGAUCUGUGGCCGGCUCUACACUGUGGCCAGCUACAGUGCCAACACCACCACGGUCAACUACACCUUCGAUACUGCCAGCGGGAACAGCAAGAAGCUGGAGGUGCCCUUCCGCAACCGCUACCGCUACAACAGCAUGAUUGACUACAACCAUGCUAGGAAGAAGCUCUAUGCCUGGGACAACUUCCACAUGGUCACCUAUGAUGUCAAACUUGGGGAAAUCUAAGAAAUUAUGCAGAUCGAUGGUUAGUUAUUGUAAAGGUUGGUGAUUCAACAACAGUUCCCAACCUUGGCGCCUACUGAUUUUAGAGGUUGACAGUUUGACGCGGUCACUUACAGGGGUUGGACAAUGAAACUGAAACACCUGGUUUUAGACCACAAUAAUUAAUUGUCCCAAAGGACAGUUCUGGUGGAAAGUUGAGGUGCACAUUGAAUUCUGCCGUGAUUUAAUCAGCCAUGGUUUUAUGUUUUUUUGGAUACAAUCCGGGUUAGCACCUGAACAUCCCUUUCAGACAGCUUCCUCUUACAGUGUCCACAGUUAAUCCUGUUGGAUGUGGUUGGUCCUUCUUGGUGGUAUGCUGACAUUACCCUGGAUACCGUGGCUCUUGAUGCAUCACAAAGACUUGCUGUCUUGGUCACAGAUGCUCCAGCAAGACGUGCAGCAACAAUUUGUCCUCUAUUGAACUCUGGUAUGCCACCCAUAAUGUUGUGAGUAUUGCAAUAUUUAGAGCAGAACUGUGCUCUUACCCUGCUAAUUUAACCUUUACACUCUGCUCUUACUGGUGCAAUAAUGUGCACUUAAUGAAGAUUGGCCACGUAAAUGACCUCCCACACUAAAAUGACAGGAGUUUCAGUUUUAUUGUCCAACCCCUGUAUAAAGACGUAAAAUGUUGCCAAAAAUCUACCCUCAAAAUAACUCAAUAUACAGCCACCAAUGUCUAAACCGCCGGCAACAAAAGUGAGUACACCCCUAAGAGACCACACCCCUAAAUGUCCAAAUUGAGCACUGCUUGUCAUUUUCUCUCGAAAAUGUCAUGUGACUGCCAGUUUCUGGUACUCACCAUCAGUGUGUAGUCAUUCCCUCUGGGCUACCUUAGGUAAACUUUGUGUUGUAGGCUGUAAGAACAAGCAUCAUUUUUUUGAGCUGCUAUAGUAAUUCUGUGCAGGCUGUGUGCUCUAUACUGUUUUCUCUAUAGCAUUUUUGAUCUUCAUCUAAAUUUCUGUAAGUAUUUUAAAUAUUAAAAUGAUGUAUUUUACAGAAAAUGCAGGAAAUCCUACAGCAUUUGAUUUAAUAAUAAUUUCAAUUUUAAAUAAUUUCAGUAAAUUCAGCUUAUCCAGGUUUACAGUGUAGACUAAUCGCUACAGUCAUUUAGCCAAUGAUACGAACUGUACAAUAGUAUAUGACUGUAUAUAAGCAUGGACAUCAUCUAGCGCCUCUGCUGGCUGGUUGCAGUAUGAUUUGUAGCUCUACCAAAUUUCCAUAUUUUAUCCCAUAUUUUCUAUAUAUAGUAAGAAGGCGUAGAUACACCUAGGAAUAAAGUGAUUGACAGCCUUUUCAGGAAAAGACUGUCUGUUACAGCUGCCUCUAUAUUACUGCACAGAGCAUCCUUACUACUUGACUACCUUUGUGUCCAUUAAUCUGAUCUAAGAAAUACAAAAUUAAAAGUCUAAAUAAACUAAGAAAAACUAAACAAACCAAAGAAGUGGGCAUGGCCAUAUUAUAUACCCCUUUCACUGCAUGCUAGAACACAUUCUCCGAGAUAAAACCAGCUGAAUGUACUGGAACUCCUUGAUAGCUCCUGUGAUGCUGAUGAAGAUUAAACCAAUUAAACUCUUGUUAUGAAAGUUGGAGAAAUCCCAUUAAAUCAUGUUGUCAUGUAUUUUGAGUUGAGUGUAGACAAUUAGAGCAUAUCAGUACCAGAGUUUGGAAUCACUACUAUUGCUAAACACACUUUCACAGCUCCUUGAAAGAUCUGCUAAUGCUCCAGCUCCAGCCUUUACAGCUAGAAACACUAAACACUAUCAGAUCAGAUUCAGUUCAAUGGUAACAUGAAAGCAUUUAUUGUAUAUAUGCACUGUGUCACAAAAUAUGUAUUCUCUAUUAAUUAAAUUUGUAUAUAUAUUUUUCAAAAUCUAUUAUAAAAAUAUUUUAUUUUAUAACAUUUUGAUAUUGUCCUGUUAUUUUGUUACUUAAUAAUGAUGUAAAA